AUGUCUCCAGCAGUGGAGGAAGGGUGCCUGCUGUUCCUGCAUCAGCCAGCAGAGGAUGUAUGCCUGCUGCCUCCAACACCUCCACUGGCAAAAGCAGAGCAGGAGGAGCUGCCUCUGCCUCCACCACCUCCAUCGGCAAGAGCAGAGCAGGAUGCCUUCAAGUCGCCGCCCAGGGAUGACUGCACGUCACCGCCCGGGGAUGACCUAGAAAUUCAUGAAAGCCUUGGUCAAGGAACCUUUACAAAGAUUUUUAGAGGAAUAAGGAAAGAGCUAGGAGACUAUGGUGAGAUGCAUGAGAUGGAGGUUGUUGUCAAGGUUCUGGAUAAAGCACACAGGAAUUAUUCUGAGUCCUUCUUUGAAGCCGCUAGCAUGAUGAGCCAGCUCUCCUAUAAGCACCUGGUAUUGAACUAUGGGGUCUGUGUGUGUGGAGAAGAGAAUAUUAUGGUUCAGGAAUAUGUGAAGUUUGGGUCUCUGGACACAUACCUAAAAAAGAACAAGAGUUGUGUGAAUAUCAUGUGGAAACUGGAGGUGGCAAAGCAGCUGGCUUGGGCUAUGCAUUUCUUGGAAGAUAAAAACCUUGUCCACGGAAAUGUUUGUGCCAAAAACAUCUUGCUUAUCAGGGAAAAGGACAGAAAGAGUGGCAGCCCUCCUUUUAUAAAGCUCACUGACCCUGGCGUCAGCAUUACAGUCUUGCCGAAAGAGAUUCUUGUUGAGAGAAUUCCUUGGGUACCACCUGAGUGUAUCGAGGAUCCCAAGAACCUGAGCCAAGCCACAGACAAGUGGAGCUUUGGCACCACGCUGUGGGAGAUUUGCAGUGGUGGCGACAAACCCCUUAGUACACUUGAUUCUUCUAAAAAAAUUCAGUUUUAUGAAGAUGAGCACAAAUUACCAGCGCCAAGAUGGACAGAACUUGCCAAUCUGAUUAACAGCUGCAUGAAUUACAUGGCAGAGUUCAGGCCCUCAUUUCGUGCUGUCAUCCGGGACCUCAACAGCCUCUUCACCCCAGAUUAUGAGCUGCUUGCUGAGAGUGACAUGUUGCCAAGUCGAGCUCUUGGUGUUGGAUUCACUGGCAUUUUUGAGAACCAGGCCCCUGCACAGUUUGAAGAGAGGCAUUUGAUAUUCUUGCAGCAGCUUGGCAAGGGCAAUUUUGGCAGCGUGGAGAUGUGCCGCUACGAUCCACUCCAGGACAACACUGGGGAGGUGGUGGCUGUCAAGAAGCUGCAGCACAGCACAGCCGAGCACGUGCGAGACUUCGAGCAGGAGAUCAGGAUCCUCAAGUCACUGCAUCACGACAACAUUGUCAAAUACAAGGGUGUGUGCUACAGUGCAGGACGAAGAAACCUGCGGCUAAUUAUGGAAUACCUGCCCUAUGGUAGCUUGCGGGAUUACCUUAACAAAAACAAAGAUAGAAUGGAUCACGUGAAAUUGCUUCUUUAUGCUUUUCAAAUAUGCAAGGGAAUGGAGUACCUGGCGACAAACAGAUACAUCCAUAGAGACCUGGCAACAAGAAACAUUCUUGUUGAAACUGAACACAGGGUAAAAAUCGGAGACUUUGGUCUCACGAAAAUGUUGCCAAAAGACUCUGAGUAUUACAAAGUCAAUGAACCAGGAGAAAGCCCGAUAUUCUGGUAUGCUCCUGAGUCCCUGACUGAAAGCAAGUUCUCUGUGGCGUCAGACGUUUGGAGUUUCGGCGUGGUCUUAUACGAGCUGUUCACAUUCAGUGACAAGAACCAAAGCCCACCGGCGGAGUUCAUGCGGAUGAUUGGAAUGGACAAGCAGGGACAAAUGAUUGUGUACCAUUUAAUUGAGAUCCUCAAGUCAAACAGACGGCUUCCCAAACCUGAAGGGUGCCCAGAUUUGAUCUACUCAACAAUGCUGGAGUGCUGGAACAACAACAAAAGCCUGAGACCACCCUUUAUGGAUCUAGCCCAGAGAGUAGACACUUUCAGGGACAGCAAGGAAGGAUGAGUGGAGCCAAGUGUACUUCCUUCAAAGCAACAUCUGUGAAAGAUACAUUCGCCAGCCUCAGUGGCACGGGGGUGCACAUGAACAGCCCAGACUGCAGUACUUGGCUGCUGUUUGACUGGCCUAAAAUACUUUACUUCCACAGAAACUUUACAGAGACCGUUGUUGUCCUUAGAGUAUUUUUCUUGUUUUUCAAUUGUAUUGUGUUUUAUGUUGCAUAUUGGCAUCAAGGCUGGUUUUACCCCCUCAUUUUAACAAGGCAAAUAAUUGAAAGUAAAAUUAGUGGCUGUUUUUUUUUUUUUUUUUUUUAACAGAUAAUAUAUACAAUCUACAACAAAUAAGAUAAUUUUAAAAAUCUAAAUUGUAAACUCAGUGCACUGCAGAUUAUAUUUGAGAAGAUCCUUUAGCAGUGAAUGUAGAUUGAGAAGCUGGUUUGAAUAUAUUGCUUUGUCUUGUAAAAUAUAAAUCUCUAAUUUUGUAUUUUUUUUUUCAUUGUAAUGCAGAUGCUGUUGGAUUAAAAUAUAUUUUACUGCU